AUGCGUGUUCUUCAAGCUGCUACUCUUUUACUCCCUGCUUUUACAGGUCUUGCUUAUGCCGAUUGGGCAUGGCAGUCCCAGCCAUCUGUCGGGACAUUCGUUCUCAUUUGGAACUGCGAAGAUUGUGACGCCAACGUCAGCUCUAAUAUGGGAAUGAACAACUGCCUCGUCGACGCCAACAACCAACUCUACGCACAAGACAAGUAA